AAAUGGAGGGACUAAGUCGACUUAAUACAGACUCUAAUGCUUAAGAACAAAAUUUGCAAUUCCAACCGUUAUUAUAUCCCUGAAUUAGACUACUACUAGUCGGACGGCUAACUGAGAGAGCGAGAAUACGACGGUGUAUGUUAGUUAUUUCGUCAUCUGACUCAUACUCCUAAAACCCUACUCAUUCCGGACUCAUCCACCCGUGCCCUACCCCCUCUUCAUCUCUUGUGAGUCCAUCGAGAUCCGAAUCUCUCUUAAUGGGUCGACCCGAACCCUGCGUUCUCUUCGCCCAAACCUUCGUUCACCCCCAAUUGGACGAAUACGUUGAUGAAGUUAUAUUUGCUGAACCAAUAGUGAUUACUGCCUGUGAGUUCUUGGAGCAAAAUGCAUCAUCAGCUUUAUCAACAGUCGCUUUACUCGGGGUUACUUCACCCCCUUCGUUUGCUUUGGAAGUAUUUGUUCAGUGCGAAGGAGAAGCAAGAUUUAGGCGUCUUUGCCAACCAUUUCUAUAUUCACAUUCGUCAUCAAACGUGCUUGAAGUUGAGGCCGUGGUGACGAAUCAUCUGGUUGUGAGGGGCAGUUAUCGGAGCCUAAGCUUAGUUGUAUAUGGAAACACAGCAGAAGACCUGGGGCAGUUUAAUGUUGAAUUUGACUUGGACAACUCUGUAGUGAAUCUUGUUUCUUCUUCUGAGGCAAAACUUGAGGACCUUCCACCUCUACUACAUUCUAGAAGUCUUAAACUUGAGGACUCGAUAUCCUCCCUGAAGGCGUUGUCUUCAGUGCUCCCCGCAACAGAUAUUUCUUUGGAAAUGCGACGGUUGUUGCAACUAGCAUUUAAGAUGUUGGAUAUCCCAAAUUUUGGUGUUUUUCGUGAAAAAGUUCUGACCAUAAUUACUUCCGCAACUGCUUCUUUCUUCACAAAUGACUUAAAUAGUUCUGGAAUCACAUUACAAGAGUUAAAUUGGGGAGCAGUAGCUGAUUCCAAGGAGCCUUUUUUUGUUUUCACCAAGGCUAAAAAUGAUCUUCUUGAACUGUGUAAAAGUUAUAUGGAAUCAGGGCAUAUAUGUGGCGAUUUCUUGGAAGAGUGCAGUUUUCUUGAGUCAAAAACUGAUUUAGCCACUGCUAAAGAGCUGGUGGAUACGUUUUUCCAGCACUUCAAAUUCAAUAAAGAUAUUCCAUAUGUUGCACAUCCUCAUUUAUCAAAGAGUAAUAAUGUACUCUUUUGGUUAAGUUUAUCUCUGAUAUUAUGCUCGGGAAAAGAGAGCUGUUUUCACUAUGUAAAUGGUGGAGGAAUGGAACAACUUACACAUUUUCUUAGCCACAAAGUACAAAAUAGUACUUCAGUUAUAUUGAUGAUUCUCGGAGUUGUUGAACAAGCAACUCGAUACUCUGUCGGUUGUGAAGGAUUUUUGGGUUGGUGGCCUCAUGAAGGUGAAGAUGUUCCAUCCAAUGUUAGUGAGGGGUAUAGUCAACUGUUAAAGUUACUAAUGCAAAAACAAAGACAUGAUAUUGCUGCAUUGGCAACUUAUAUCCUCCAUCGAUUGCGUUUCUAUGAAGUUGCUUCUAAAUACGAGUAUGCAGUACUAUCCAUAGUAGGUGGACUUUCUGGUGACGUGCAUGCUACAACCACAACUUCAAGCAUGCUUGUAAAUGCCAAGUUACAGAUAAGGAAGCUUUUGAAAUUGAUAAAAUCAUCUGGUUGGGUUGAGGAUCCUUCUCCUGUGGCCGGUGCUAUUCAAUCAUUGAUGGUGGCAUCUUCUGAAGCAGUAUUAUCAUUCAAAGCAACCAGCAAGCUUAUUGCUUCUUCCAGUUGUCGUUUUCUGCAUCAGAAAAUAGAUGCAAAGCUGCUUGCCCUGCUGAAGGAGAGAGGGUUUCUUCCAUUAUCAGUUGCAUUAAUGUCAUCGUCAGAGUUGUGGUCUGAAAGAGGACAUGCUCUCCAAGCUGUUUUGGAUGUGACAUCAUCUAUUGAAGCAACACUCCUUUCACUUAUGUUCUGCCGCUCAGGUCUUGUCUUCCUUUUGCAACAUCCUGACCUGUCCUCCACAAUUAUUCAUGCUUUCAAGGGUGAUGACGAUGUCAAUGAUUUUAUUCCUCUUCGUUAUGCUUCUGUUUUGAUAUCAAAAGGGUUCUUUUGUCGACUACGAGAUAUUGGAAUAAAUCUUGAGAUGCAUUUAAGGGUGGUUAAUAAUGUUGAUCGCUUGCUUACAGCAACACCAUGUUCUGAAGAGCUUCUCUGGAUAUUGUGGGAGCUUUGUGGUCUUUCUAGGUCUGAUGGUGGGCGUCAAGCAUUACUGGCUUUCACGCACUUUCCUGAGGCUAUUACAAUUCUGAUCGAAGCACUGCAUUCUGCCAAGGAAUUGGAAUCAAUCUCUUUGACUUGUGGAACUCCUUUGAAUCUUGCAAUCUUUCAUGCUGCUGCUGAGAUUUGUGAGAUCAUUGUUACAGAUUCAGCUUCAUCUUCCAUGAGUGUCUGGAUUAAUCAUGUAACAGAUCUUCAUAAAGCUGUGCAUUCAUCAUCUCCUGGAUCCAGUCGAAAAGAUGCCCCAAGUAGGCUGUUGGAAUGGAUAGAUGCCGGGGUUGUUUACCAUAAAAAUGGGGCUGUUGGACUUCUACGUUAUGCUGCAGUUUUGGCCUCAGGAGGUGAUGCACACAUAACCUCUACAAACAUUUUGGUCUCAGACACUAUGGAUGUGGAAAAUGUAGUGGGAGAUUCUUCUAGUGAAUCUGAUGUCAAUGUUGUUGAAAGUCUGCUUGGGAAACUUGUUACGGAUAAGUCGUUUGAUGGUGUUACACUUCGCGAUUCAUCUGUCGCUCAGCUAAUCACAGCAAUGAGAAUUUUGGCGCAAAUAUCUGAGAAUGCGGACGUUGCUGCAUCAUUGUUUGAUGAAGGUGCCAUGACAGUCAUCUAUGUCAUUCUUGUCAACUCCAGAUUGAUGCUUGAGAGAUUUUCCAACAAUUAUGAUUAUCUUGUCGAUGAUGGUGUAGAGUGCAGUUCUACAUCUGAUUUAUUGCUGGAGCGCAAUAGAGAAAAGUACUUGAUUGAUCUUUUGAUUCCUUCGCUUCUACUGCUUUUGGAGCUUCUUCAAAGAUUAAAGGAAGCUAAGGAACAACUCCGAAAUACAAAAUUAAUGAAUGUCCUCCUAAGGCUGCAUCGUGAGUUAAGUCCCAAGUUAGCAGCUUGUGCUGUGGAUCUAUCCUCAUCUUAUCCUGAUUCUGCACUUGGUUUGGAAACGGUUUGUCAUCUGAUUGUGUCGGCUCUUGCUUGUUGGCCUGCAUAUGCUUGGACUCCUGGUCUUUUCCACACUCUUCUUGACAGUGUUCAGGCGGCUUCUUUGUUGACAUUGGGCCCCAAGGAAACAUGCAGCAUGUUGUGUUUACUGAUUGAUCUAUUUCCUGAUGAGGGUGUCUGGCAUUGGAAGAAUGGUAUGCCCUUGCUGACACCUGCUCGAGCAUUGGCUGUGGGGACAUUGUUAGGGCCUCUAGAGGAGACGAAAGUGAACUGGUACCUAGAGCACCCAUAUGUUGAGGUUCUUCUUGUUCAAUUGAGUCCACACCUUGACAAAAUCGCACAAGUUGUUCUUCAUUAUGCUGUUAGUACUAUGGUUGUGGUACAAGAUAUGCUUCGAGUGCUCAUACUUCGUAUUGCACGUCAGAGAUCUGAAUAUGCUAUCGUGCUUCUGCAUCCUAUUAUUUCGUGGAUUCAGAAUCACUUGAUUGAAAAUUCUCCUGAUGAGAUAGAUGCUUACAAGGGCUCAAAGUUGCUGGAGUUUGUCUCUCUCUUGCUUGAACAUCCAACUGCCAAGCCAUUGUUACUGAAAGCCGGUACUCUCCACAUUUUGACGAAGGUGCUUGAGGGAAUCAAUUCUCAUGUGAAGCCGGGAUCCAGUAUCUAUAAUUGCUGUGUACCUGCGUUGAGGUCCUUGUCGAUGAUUUGUGAUUCUCUAUCUGCUCAGCUGCCACAUAAGCUACUUGAUGGCAAUUGGACCUUGACUACUGAAGAUUCUACCAUUAUUUUGAACAAUGUGUUCAAGCUUUUUCAGAAUCUACCUGUUGGAAAUGAAUUGCUUGCUUGUUUAGCAACUUUUAAAGGACUAGUUACCCAUGCUGAAGGUCAGAGAGCCUUGCUCGACGCUUUCCAAUUUAUCAAGUCUAGAAAUAUCUGGGAGAACCAACCAGGAAGAGUGCAGGACAGUCAUGGAUUCUAUGGUCGCCUGAUUGAUGCUGAAUGGAAGAGAUGUCCUCUGCUCUGCUGCUGGAUUAAGCUAUAUCAAUUUAUUGAAAAUGAGGGGUUAUCAACUUUUUCAGUUGAAGCGGUUGGUGAGUUAUCAAGUGGUGCAUUGAGAUUUUGCAUUGAUGGAAAAAGUUUUAACCAGGAUAGAAUUGAGGCCUUGAAGUAUUUCUUUGGACUUUUGUGUGGUAUCGAUGAAAUGAGUGCUAUUCCUGAAGAAAACAUGAAUUAUGUCCAAGAUAUGUAUACUCUGUUGAGUUCAAAGAUACCUGAUGAAGAGUGUUCAGCUUUAACACAUCUGAAGACAACCUUGUAUCAGCAGGUUGUGGAAUCUGCUAGGUGUCUUUCAUUAUUGCUGCUCCAGCCUAUUGGUUCACUUAAGGUUGAUGAAAUAAUCCCCAAAGAAGUUGUCUUGUUUUCUUCUGAUGUGAAACUUUCUUCAAAGAUACGGCUGCUGACAGAUAGCAGUUCAAAAAGGGUUGAAAAUGAAUGGAACGUUGGUGAGUUAGGUGACAAAUUCCUAUGGGAGUGUCCUGAAAAUUUGCGCAACAGGCUGUCCGAAGCAGGUCUUCUGGGCAAGAGAAAGAUGUCCACAGCAGAUGGAUCCAACAGACAUGGAAAAGGUGAAAAUUCUCUAGUCGACACACGAUCUGGAUCAUCUGUUGUACCACCAAUUCCAACUCGGAGGGAUACCUUUAGGCUACGCAAGCCCAAUACAAGUAGACCCCCCUCUAUGCACGUUGACGACUAUGUUGCUAGGGAAAGAAAUGCUGAUGGGGUUACAAAUCCUAAUGUUAUUGCAGUUCCACGUCUGGGGUCUUCUAGUGGGCGGGCUCCAUCCAUUCAUGUUGAUGAAUUCAUGGCCAGACAGAGGGACCGUCAAAGUGCUGUUGCUAUGGCAGGUGUAGAGGCUGUAUCUCAAGAGAAAAAGGUUGCACCUGAAAAUAAUGAGACUGAAAAGUCAAAGCGAUCUAAGCAGCUUAAAGUUGAGCUUGAUGAUGAUCUUCAAGGGAUUGACAUAGUUUUUGAUGCUGAGGAGAAUGAACCUGAUGAUAAACUUCCCUUUCCUCAAGCAGAUGAUGAUGAGCGAAGUCCACAGCAUUCAAUUGUUGAAGAGACAGAAAGCGAUGCCAAGGACUUGGAAGCAACUGUAGCUUCAAAUGUAGAUGACAAAACUCAAAGUGAACUUUCCUCCAGAAUGUCAGUAUCGCGUCCUGCAGUGCCACUUAGGCGUGAACCCAGUGUUUCUUCAGAAAAUAAAUUUUUUGAUCAAACUGAUGAAGUUAGGAAUAAAAAUACUGUUAUCAUGUCUGGCGGCUCUGAUUCUGCGACAGUAGUAAAGACUUCUGCAGUUUCUACGCUAACAUUUGUUAGAGACUCAUCAUCAAUGAUUCACGUACAAGCUGAUUCAAGGACGCCACAUCCUAGUUUUAUGCCAGAUAACAAUCUUCCGAGGGCUGGAAAUGUGCCACUUGGCAGACCUCAAAGCCACCAUGAGCAGAAACAUUUUGCAAAUCAACCACCAUUACCUCCAACACCACCACCAUCAACAAUUUCUCCUGUAAGAUCGCAGGUUUCUGAACCUAACCCAGCUUCAACUUCUUCAUAUGUCAAUUCUCACACUGAUAUGCAACCACCCCUGUAUCCAAACCCUGCACAAACUGAUUACCAGUCUUAUGGAAACGCCCCAACAUCAACGCCCAACUUCAUAAUGGAUCCACGCUAUGUACGAGCAAGUCACUCAUCCCCCGGGGGCUCGACAAGGUUUUUUCCACCACUUCCUCCAACACCACCUCCUUUCUCCGCUGCUCUAUUGAAUGUUUCAUCCAGGUCUCCUACAUCUCAAUCCUCAGGGUAUGCUCAGAAUAACACAGGAGUUACAGAGGUUUCACAGUAUGGACCUCCGCCAUUGAUCCCCGCAGGUUUUAGUAGGCCAGCUUCAAUGCCAUUUAAUAUGCAUGGGAAUGUUCCUGUUCAACAAAAUGAAAAUAUGACUGGAAUGGCUCAGAAUAGCCAUGCUCCUCAACCUCCAAUGCAACCUAUGCAGCCGCCUCAUUUGCAACCCUUGCAAGCCCCUCAACUGCCUUGUCCUCAGCUACCUCAGCAACUAAGACCCAUAAUGCAAAGUUCACAACAUACAGACCAGAAUGUUUCCAUUUCGCACAAUGUUCAACCUCCGCAGAUUAUGCAACAAUCCCAAAUGUCACCAUAUCAUUUAUAUCAUCAAACUCAACUGCAAGAGAACUCGCCACACUCACAGCGACAAUUGCAAGCAGCAGUUCCCCAAACCGAUGCUGCUACCCAGCAGCAAGCAGACUCGUCAAUGUCACUGCAACAAUAUUUCAGCUCUCCUGAGGCAAUUCAGUCUUUAUUAAGCGAUCGUGAUAAGCUUUGUAAACUUCUGGAACAACACCCAAAGUUGAUGCAGAUGCUUCAGGAACGGCUUGGGCAUCUAUGAACUGUGAAUUGAGGCUCUAGAUCAUCAUCCCCCUACAUCCAUUUUCGGUUAAAUAUAGAAUUGUAUGUGAGCAUUUUGCACUCAUAAUGACAGUGUAGGAAAUGUAUCACUGUAGUCCCUUUUCUUGUAUCAGUGAAACCGGAGCUAUUUGUAUAAAAUUUAUUCACAAUAUUGUUCAUGCAUUUGUUUGUUAUCAAUGUGUGCAUUAAAUUUGUGCCUUUUUUGGUCA